AUGAAAACCCUGGUACUUCUACUAACUCUACCAGCUCUAAUAACACCUUCGGAUCCCAUCAUCUCAUCGACCACAGAAGUUACCACAACUCCAAAGCCUUCAACACUGGUGAGUUUUUUCUGGGGUUUUUUUUUUGAAAACAAAUUUGGCAAGCUUCCCAAAAAAAAUUAAACCAAGAAAAAAUAAUAAUAAAUCAAAGUUUACGACGCGUCUUUGUUUGUUUAACCUUUUUUUUCAAAAAAAAAACAGAUGGUCCAAGAAACUUUUUUUGUUGUUGAAACCCAAAAUUUUCUCAAAACCCUAAAAAAAAUUUCCGGAAUUAAUCCAUCAGCGGCAAAGUCUUUUCAUCUUUUUGAUUGAUUAUAUCAGAAAAAAUGUGUUCCACUUGUCAAAAAAGGUGUGUGUGAAUGAGUAAAAGAGAAAACAGCAGGAGACACAAGUCAUGACGCAAUCAGAUAUUUUUUCUUUGAAAAGUGUGAAAAAUAUCUGGGAGGGGGGGGUACUGUAGAUUUGAAGAUCUAACUGGAAAUUUAAAGGAGCACAGUAACCUUAAUCUUAUCUUCAGACUUUGAAGUGUAAAAAUCGUAUAGUGAAAAAUAAAAACAAUUUUCAUAGGAGCAACAUUUUUUGAAGCCUACAGUACUUCAAACAUUAAAUCUCGGGAUAACUUUUCAGAAAUUUAUAUUUUGAAGAUUACUGUAGCUCAUAAGGAAUUCAACUACAGUAUCUUUAAAAACAAACAAAAAAAUUGAUCUCAUAAUUCUUGAUAAAUCUACAAAAUUUUUCCAGAAGCCAUGUGUAUGCCACGUGUCAGCACAUCUAAAAACCGCCGAGCAAGAGCUCCGAGAUGAAAUCAAAAUCACACAAACUCGCUUAAUCGACCCAGUUCGAACAGCAAUGGGAUUUGCGAUGAGUAAGUUAUCCUAAGUCACGAAAUUUUCUCAUUCCAACUUUUUCCAGGCGAGAAACAAUCAUUGCUAGAUUUCGGAAAAUUUCUGACUUUCCGCGAUGUCACCAAAAAUCAUCCAACUUUGAUGGAGAACACCGAAUUCGUUGGGGAUUUUGAGGAGUUCUACAAGACUGUUGGCAAAUUUUUAUUGUCUGAAAAACCGUAUUCAUCAGCUGGAAUCAAACAUGAGAUUAGUAUGGCGAUGAGUUAUUUUAUGAAGAAGACACUGGCACAAAGUUUUUUGUGUUUGGCGGUUGGAAAAUGUCGAACUGUUCCGCUGGAUUUUAUGAUGUGUAUGGAUACGAUUACAAAUUGGGAACUUUAUUUUGGUGAUUCUUCAAGAAAAGCGGCAAAUCAGUGAGUUUCUAGGGCUAGAAAAAUUCUGAAAAUUUUCAAAUAUUUUCAGCUUGGCUGAAUCCAUCUACCGCUAUCGAAAAAUGGAAUCCAUUAUUGAAGAACUUCACACCCAACUGAUGAAUUCGACAAAAAUGCCACUUUCACAAAAUUGUCUAUCAAAAUAUAUUGAAAUGACAAUGUGUAAUUGUACUGAAGUUUGCGGGUGAGUAUUUUCAGAUUUAAUUUAGUUUUUAGGCUGAAAAUAAUUUCAGAUCUACUUGCGUUGAUAGAAUGGAAAUGUGUUUUUCGGAUUUUAUGAGCGAUUGGUCGGCAAAACUUUUGGUUUUGAAAUCGAUGACUUCUGGACCUGGAAUUUUGACUAGUUUUAUGAGAGUGAGUUAUUUUUUGGGAUUCAGCUGAAAAAAAUGACAUAAGCUUUCAUGAACUAUAAUAUUUUUCUUUCGAAAAAAUCCAGAAAAUUUCUAGAAUCCAAAUUAUUUCCGGUGCCAAAAACACAAAGUCCUUUUUUUCUGUUUUUUUUCAUACACAAUCCAGUUUUUUCUGGAACUCCGGCGAGAAAAAUCCAAAAGAUUUUUUUACACUAAUUCAAUUUGCAGUACUUUUAUUUUUGAUACAAAAAACAAAAAGAAUUUUUUUCAGAAAAAAAGUUUUUGGCUAAAAAAAUGUACAAAACCAAAUGAGCCAUUGAAAUGAAAUGACAUUUUCUAGAAAAUUUGUAUUCAGAAGAAAGUUCAAUUUUUCAAUUUUCAGAAAAAAAAUGCACUAGGAGUUAGUUUCAGAACUGAAAAAUGUUCAAUAUUUUUUGAAAAUCAGAUUUUCUGCAUCUGAAAAUUGAAUUUACACUAAUCUGGAAAAUUUUUGAAGUUUGAGGUUUGAACUAGGAAUCAGACAUGAAUGUAAUUAUUUUGAUCCCACACAAAAAUCCAAAUUUCAUAAUCAAAAAUAAAUAAAAAAUAUUUUCAAACAAUCUUUUAAGAUUUUAAAAAAUUUUAAAAAUUUUCCAGAAAAUUUCCUUGUCCAAAUAAAAUUAUUGAAAAAAAGUUUAUUUCAAAAUUAAACGUUUCUGAAAACACUUAUACAGUAACCCCCGAAUUUUUCCAGCUACGUCGCUCAAUCCUCGACUCGAUCCAACUGCUCGUCGAACGAAAAUCCCCUCUCUACGCCGAGCACAUGACAGCUCAAUGCGGAGCAAUUGGCGAUAUUUUCAUCCACCCCAAAAAGCAGCAUUUCGUCCUCCCAAAAAAGCCGGCCAAAUAUAAUUCACAAGCGGAACGUGCCGCCAAAGAGGUAUUUUUUUUGUUGGCGAAAAUAUUUUUUAUAACCCAUUAUUCUCCGUUUUUUUUAGCUUCAACUAUCCGUUAAAACGUGGGAAAAAAUGAGCCGACAAAUUUGCAACUCUUCGUCCGUUUUUGGAACUAUUAAAGGAAAUUUUGAAAAAAAUUGCACAAUUGGCACACAUUCUCCAGUAAUGGUCGGAAAAUCAAGGUUGGUUUUUUUGUAUUUUGAAAUUUUCAAAACGUCGAAUGAUAAAAUGGAAAAACCUGUCAUAAAUGAGAAUGUCAAUCAAGAAAGAUUAAAAAAUGUUUUGAAUUUUUUUGUUGAUUUUUUGAGCGGGAAAAGAAUUUUUGAGAAUUGAAAAUGAAAAAUCUGAAAAUUUUUCUAGCUCCUAACAGAAUUUUUUUUUUGAAAAAAAACAUCCGAAACCACAAAUUGCAAAUGAGAAUUUGUUCCCGCCAAAAAAUCACCCAUAAACUUUUUCUAAUCUGAGCAAUCAUCUCCGUAACCUUGAGUCGUAAAUCUCCCCCUCCCCUACCUAUUCCGGGGUGAAAAUUAAUUCACAUUUCAUUCAGAAUUUAUGACCAUCACCAAAAAUGUUUCCAAAAAAAAAAAAUUUUGUUAACUUUCCAAAAAAUUUGGUGUCACUUUGCACUAUUACAUCUGUGUCCGCGGCGGUUUCUUUUGAAAGUGUCAAAAUUAGAAACAAAAAACGAAAGUGCAACUAUUUUCUGACCAGUCAUUUUUUGGUACUUACACUUCUUAGUGACACCUGGAUCAUCUUAAGGUGUUGGAAAAAGAUGAUGUUCUUCUAAUUACUGUGUUUACUACUAUAAAAUAGCAUGACAAAACAAAACAUCUGCAUGUGCACUUAUUAUUAUUAGUCAUCAUAAUACAGACAGAUGUCGUAGUAAAAGUUGUAAAAUUUUCUACUUUUCCUUGUCAGGAAAGAAAAUUGAGUGAAGGAGUAAAAAUAAUGAGCAGAGGAUAAUUAAAUUUUUCGAAAAAGUCACUCAAAAAUAAUUUUCACUACACAAUUACUAUUUUUAUUUUCUCAAACUUUUGAAUUUAGCCUAACUCUGAAAAUCUCCCCAUAGUGAAAAAUAGUGAAAAAAAACAUUCAUUGCUGAAAAAAUUCUCUCAAAAAAACCAGCAAAAAUUAGCAUGUCCCUCAAAUUAGAGAGUGUGCAUUUUGAGGAGGGUGCGCAGAGAAAAGGGGAGGGAUGGGGGCGGAGCCUUGUUUCGUCGGGGCAGAUCACUCUCCUCUUCGUUUUGCCGUUUCCCUCAUUUUGAUUCUAUAAAAGAAUUUUUGGUGUUUGGAACGGAUAGAAAACAAAAAACAUGAGGCGAUUGCUCAUCUUAUAUAUAAAUCUGAUAUUUGGUGCUAUUUUGGCUGGCUGUUAUUCACAAUAUUCUUUCAGCAUUGAAGAAGGAUUGCCACCAAUUACCAAGGAUGUGAGACCAAGACCUAUGGUGAGUUUUUUUUUUGGGUUUACUUUUUAGGGGUAGUCAACUUGACUUAGCCUAACUAAAUGAGCUAAGAUUAGGCUUGGAAUUGAAUGAGAAAUUAUGCAAAGCCUUUUGGUCUCAAGUGAAUAAUGAGUUAGGCUAAAUCAUAGUUUUUGGAAAUUAGGCUUAGAUUAGGCUGAUUUCUAGCCUUUAGAAAUUUCUAGGCUAAAACCAAGUAAAACAAAUUUUUUGAGCAGCGAGAGAUUCAAUUAAAAGUACAAACUUGAGCCAUUUUCCCUUGAGAGCAAAAAAAAUUCUGAAUUUUUUGUGGGCUUUCAAAACUUUUCCCUACCCAAUUAGUUCUCGAAUUCCGAAAGCAAGGUUUUCUGAAAAUUCUUUUCAAUUUUAUCGAAAAUUUUGGAUCCUCCCUCCCUCUCUUUUAUACAUUUCUUGCUAAAUGACCUUGUUUCACCCUUUUCAUUCCGGGAUUUUUUGCUACUUGUUUCGCGCUCAACCCGAAAAAGAAAGGUCCGUAAUCCCCUCUUCUUUCACACAAAAAGCAACAAAAAAAUGAGUGUCGCCGACGUUUUUUGUGUGUGAGCGUCGGCAAAAAGUACAUAAAUGAUGCUCUUGGGAGUUGACAAUAGGAAAAUCUUCUACGUCGAAAUAUGAUUUUUCGAAUUUGGAAUCAAAAAAGCCCACCUGCGUUUUUUCUGCUCGCCAGGCAGGCAGAAGGUGUAAAACAAAUAGGCUUCGGCUAUUACCUCGACUUAUGCAAACACAUUUUUGUCUUAGCCUAACUCAUGUUUAGUAGUAGUAUAUAUAAUAUUUAUUUUCAUUCAUUUAUAUAUAUAUAUAUAUAUAUAUUCGCAUUGUUGACACAAAUACUUGUGAAAUAUGCAUAAUUAGGUUAGAAGGCUUGCAGGGUAAAUUUUGAUUCUUGGUUUUUUUUUCUAUAAAAAUCUUGGUUAGAGAUCCAAUAAUUUUGAGAGGUCCCGAGAAUUCCAAAGUUCUCAAUACAAAAAAUAUUCAUUCCAGAUCGAGGCGAUGGAAAAAGAGCGUUUGAAAAAGUUGGAAGCCAUGAAAAAUCCGCCAGAAUAUUCUGGAAACGGGCCAAAUUGGGAUGAUGAAGGUGACGACGAUGAAUUCGAAUCUUCAGCCUCUGGUGCGCCACCACAAAUAAUCGAUAAUUCUCAUUCGCCAAAAGCAAUUAUUGGUGAGUUUUUCUUCUUUUUUUUGUGCUGACUCAUGAACCUUUAUGAAUCAUCGAACAAAAAGAUUUUGUUUUGAACAAUUUUUUUCAAAACAGUUUUUUUUUCAGAAGAAGAAGUUGCCAGAGAAGAGAUCACCGAAAUUUCAUCAUCCAGAUGUCAUACUGUAGUCUCCCUUCUCAUCUCUACAGUACUCCUUUAUCUUCUCUCAACGUGA